CACAACCGGAGUCGCCUCAACAAAAGCAGAGAAAUAGGAAUGACACAAAACCCCGGAUACGAUGAUGUACUUUCAUGAUGGAAGACCAAAAUGUUUCAAAAGAGAGAGACUGAGGCACGGAAAAAGAAAAACACGGUGAAAAAGAAAAACACGCUCAGAAUAGUUAAUGAGCAGAAGUACUAGUUUAUAGAAACAAUUAGCCGAAGCAAGGAAUAACGUAAAAGAAAAUGGACGCCGACGCCCCUUUCGACAGCCAGGCUGAAGAGGAGGAGGAGGAAGAGAAGGAGACUAGAUCACAGCAGUUAGCUCGCUUGAAUCCAAUCUUGCUGGAAGCAUGUCGCUGCAACCAUACCUCGAAUAUAAUAUCGCUCAUCGAAGAGAUGGCCGAUCCAAUGGUCGAAGAUGAGAAUCAGUACUAGAAGACCUGUGAAGAUUUGGAGGCUGUAUGGUUGAUGAUGUUAGUGUAAUGCUAAUGUCGACUAGUACGUAGAGGAAAAUGUUGAUUGAUUCAAGUUCAACUAGCAUGAUGCAUCUUCCUCUUACUCUUCCAGGACUAGUCUAGCACUUCUUCAAGCUACUACACGUAUACUAGAUAGUACAAAAAAGUCUAUUCUCCCCUUUAUUUAUCAAACUUCCACAGGUGGUCACCAAUAAUAUGGGCUUCAUCACACGGGAACGAAGAGGUCCUUCGCAGAUUAUUAGUAGAGCAAGCGCAUGCGCCAUAUCAAAGAGCAGGAACCUCUUUGGAGUCAAUGGGCAUGCUGCCUGGGAGCCCAUCAUCAGCAUCGGGUGGUCCACGUCCAAGCUUUAUGGAAGAGUAGUAGUUUAUUUAGAGACCACACUUGAUAUCAUAUCACAAGUGUCGACUUGUUGUUGUAUUCGAGUAAGUGAUAAGGCGUUGACCUGUACACUUAUCAGUGGGUACUCUUCUUGUAUUCCGUGUAGUACACUGCUACUACCACUGCUGCUUCCUUCGGCGCUAAUCGGCCACCCACUUCACCGGUCGCGGCAAGUAUGAUAGCAGGAGGCUGUGGCGUCGGAAAGAAGAAGCAUACGCCUCUGCACUGGGCAGCCUAUAGAGGGCACUUGAGGAUUGUGUGGCUGUUGUUGCAGCAAAAAAUGUCACCCAUAGAGUCCGACGGACUGGGGAAUACCGUACUACAUCAAGCAGCAGCCGGUGGGGAUCAUGACGUCACGGCGGUCAUAUUAAGCCAGGGAGCGGAUGUACUCUAGCUCUACUUAGUACCAGUCGCACGCAGUGUUAUUCUAAUUCUCCUCUGCUUGUGAUCGAGAACGACGCUGCUGCAUAAAGUAAAUUCAUGUGGACGAGGACCUACUAAUUCAUCUUCUUCACUUUCUCUACUUACAAACAAGAACAACCCCCACGACCUGUCAUCCUCCAGGUUUUCAUGAAGAACAAAAGAGGUCAUACUGCGUUCGAUAUGUGCACCAAUGUCCCGACGCAAAAACUUUUGCACCAUUGUAUGCAAACAAAAGCUUGCGUUAUCACAAGCAAGGGGUUUUCAGCGACAGUUCUUAGGUACUAUUAACAGUGCCUAUUUUACGCAUAAAUUGUUUCGAAUUUUCUAUCAUGAGAAAAAUACAAGUCCUUAGAAAUAUUGAGCAGAUAUACAAGUGAAUUAUAAGAUCAUAUUAAGGCUUCUUCAGGUAAUCCAUCUCCAGAGGCAUCCUCGGACCUUCCUCUAAGGGAAAAGCAAGCCCAGGAUGACACUCAAGAUGGAUUCCAGGAAGUUCUAAUCAUACAUAUGUUGUUCUUGAAUUGAGAAGACCAUAUGUUGAUGACGCGGACAGAUGGUACAAUCUUGAUCUUCGCAAGUCAAAUUCUUUCUACCUCCGAGUCCGACACCGUAGUUCCCAACUAGACUAAUUUUUUUUUCCGUUAGAAUUAUAUGCUGCCAAUCAAUUAAACACCUGCUCUUCCAGAUAUCUCUGUUCAUGGACGCAUGCCGUAGUAUGCAAGGAAGCUGCCGUUAGAAUGUGGGUCUACGAGAAUGCGAAGAGGAAUGAGAAGGAGAAGCCUCUUACGCUCAGUCGCGAGGCUAAGGAGACGGUUGAUACAGCAGAGAGGAUGCUGGAGGUGGCGAACAAGGUGGAGAAAACAGAGGACUUGGAUCAGGUACAACUAGAUAUUAGAUGAACUACGAAAUUAAAAUGGUACUGUACGUAGAAGAUGAACGAACAAAUCUGAUUAGUACAACUGUACUGAUUUCAAGAUUUCAAUAUGGAUCCGUCUUGAUCUUAUCUUCUUGCAAUUUACAUACAAUGAAGUGCUUCAUUAAUUCAUAGAUUUUCGUUCAUCCAGGAACAUCAGAGCAGCCUACAACCAUCUUUCCACUUUAAGGUAAUAGCAGCUCUCGAGAACGCAGAAGGCAAGCCGGUAGACGCGAAAUUGCACAAGGCAACAACGAAGCUUAGGGGGAAGCUGGAGAGCACAAUUAGACUUCAUGAGGCCAUGGCGAAUAAAAGCAUUAUUAAGCCUGAAGGUACUGUUCAUUCUUAAAUGAUUUCCUAUCAACGAUCAUCUUUUUAUCUUGCGUUGCCAACAAGGUGAGUCAACAACAAUUCUACCCUACAGCCACAAUUGCACUUGCGGAUAAGGAAACAACCGGCAUCAUUCAAUUAAAUCACAGUCGAGGAAAUCAUACCUGCCGAUGAUUUAGCGAUGGCAGCAGAUAACCUAGCAAGAGCAAUUCAAGACGCUAUAAGAAGACGCGCGGAAAAAAGCCUCACCGAUACAGGAGCAAAUCUGAGAAGGCGGCUCCUAUGCGAAGCAAAUUUGUCUAGAUACUUGGUGGCGACGCGUACUAUUUUUUGUGUUUUUUGGAUAUCUUGAGUAGAUUGACAUUCGAUUCAGUUUCAAAAUCCAAUAUUUCCUUCACCACCCAAUUUCAAACCAAAUCCCUCUCAACAGCCAAACUCACCGUCGGUUACAUCCGGUAUUUUCAAGAGUUGAUCGACGCUUGUAUCACUGAAAGCGGCAACCAGCAUUUGAUAAAGCUAAGCACCGCAUUCCGGAAACGAAUUUCAGCAGAACGCGCUAUGACAUUGAAGUUCGAUGAGGUGGAAGAAUUGUGCAAGCUUAGCAGUAUAGAAGAAGUCCCCAUGGACGAAGAAAGAAACGUCACAGAUAAGAAAUAUCCGGAAUGGAUUGCGGGUAGCAGCUUUGAUGUUAGACAUUGUCCUCUGUCCCCCGAAAGAGAAUGAAAGACAACCUCUUCUGCGUUUUCCGUUCCUUCUGCGUGAUCUUCAUGGCAGGUUUUUUUGAAGGAUCAUUGAAUAAUUCUUGCUUUUCCUCAAAUUAUGAACCACUCACAUCAUCAGAUAUCGAGAAGUUCUCGGCAUUCCAGGAAGAAUAUGUCAAAGACGUCGAGUAUGGCCGCGAAACCAUAUCUAGUGAGACUUUAGUCGCCAAAUGCGAGGCUCAGCUGACCAUACUGGAGGACCUGCUGAUGGAGCAGAGGCAGAUCACAGAGGAGGUCAAUCUCAAAAAGAAGAAGGGGAAGGGAGCGAAGAAGAAGUAAGGUGGAGCUGGUGUAGGCGUCUGGGCUUAGCUUUUGGAGGAGGUGCUUAGGUACUAGACACCCAUUUAUGUUGGUCAACAUCAGAGUUAUGGUCUUAGAAAGUCCUAGGUUCAUCUUAUUAUUAUGUGCUUACUUUCGUACUUGAUUUCGAUUAUACAGACGGAGUCAUCUUCAAAUACAAUUUCGCGGAUUCUUCCAUUGGAAUGACGAAAACAGAUACAGAAAAAGGUUUGAUUUAACAUGCAGACUCGCGCAGUCUGAUGACUGUUUUUACCGUAAAGACGUUCAAACACGGUCACCAAAACGCAGACGGUAUAUUCCCAAGACAUUUUUCCAAAAGUUACCUUGUGCUAUUAAUUUCUGACUAAUGACAUUUGCACGCUAAUGCAGAAAACAUAACGAAAAUGACUUUUGUAUAAUUUACGCCCAAUGUGCUUGUUGAUGUUGCCCCGUAAAUCUAUCUGCACACCGCGCUACGGAGAUGCUAAUUCCGACGCCUGAAAAAAACCCAUUUCGAAAAAUAUGUCAUUUUACCGUGCUGAUAUCUAUCCUAU